AUGGCCAAGGCUAAAUCUAUCGUAACCGAGCAGGGAUCAUCACCUGCUCCGGAUGGACCUAAUUUUAUAGAGGGACGAGAUGAAAUCAGUGGAAUUCCUCAUCUGCAUUUCUCUUUUAUCGUCCAUUCCUUCAUUCCACGUCGCUUCUUGGAAGUUCAAUUCGCUAUAAAGACAGCAACUGUAUUUGGCUGUUUCGGAGAGGGCAUGCGACUUCCAUCUAUUGUCCAUCGAAGAGAUGACGGAAUCUUUGUCAAAAAGAAGUUCUGUAAAGACCCGGAUGUUUUGUUUUAUCACACUAAGGAUGUCGUGCUUGGAUUACCUGGAUCCAUAGAACCUGAUAACAGUAACUACGUGAUUUCAACGGAAAGUGUCCAUAUAGGUUACUGUCGCCUUAAAGUACUGGACAAUGGAAAUAACAUGGCACAUUUAGACUUACAAGUAAAUAAGAAGGGAGUGACCUACCUCAGUAGUGUCAAGUCAAAGAAGAAGUUUCAGGAGAAACUUAAUAUGAAUAAAACAGCAAUAGAAUCAAUGUUGGACUCUCUGAUGAAUCAAGGAGCAAACGGGUUCGAUAUGAAAUUCAGUGACGUGUUCUCUGGUGUUCCGGAGAAAUCUUUAAAUCUCGGCAACCGGCCUCAUACAACAAUGGGACUGCGUGGGAUGUUAGCGAGCUCGAGAAAGGAUCUCGAGAGUAAGAAAAAAGCAGACCAAGAGAGUGGUCUAAUUAACGAGGUCGAGUCAGAUGAAGUCGGACACGAACUUGCAUUUCCGUAUGCGGCAUGGCCACCCAUGGCUGGAGAAUUUCAAACGAGGAAACGUCCACACAAUUGGCCUACAAAGAGAACGGUCGAUAAAGUGUUAGCCAUGGGUAUCCAUAUAGUUCCCAUGGCUAACGGAGCCUCCAACGCGGCCGAUAUUGAGUGGCGGAUUUCAUUCGUCGCGGCGGAAAAGAAACUCGUUUUAGAAGAAAUAGACGAUUCUCAGAGACAGUGUUAUUUGCUAUUGUAUCUUCUUCUUCUACACACAUUCUCAGAGGGGCUAAUCUUACCAUGUCAUCUGAAAGCCGUCUUUCUCUAUACCUGCGAAGAAAUAGACCCCCGGAUGUGGCACAGAAACCCUGCACAUAGCUGCUUUCUUGUCUUCGAUCGAAUACUUGAUGGCAUUAGGCAGAAAAAUAUACCUUGUUAUUUUCUAAGAAAGAAUAAUAUGAUUGACCACCUUUCUGAUCUCCAGCUUUCGCAACUAGAGAGAAGACUAAUGGACAUCCGCAGGAAUCCGGCCGACGAGUUAUUAUCAUUGGCGGAAAGUUACACUCUUCUUGAUGUGUUUCCGUGUAAUAUCGAUCUGCAGCGUGUUUUCGCUCCAGUCAUGGGCGACGCCAAGAAAUACAAUGACAAGGCCCAGGCGCCAGAUGCAGUAGAAAUUUUCAUCAAGACAAGCAACACAGUAAGUAAUGGAUUCUACCACGAAUUUGGAUACGAUCACUGUGCCUCUAUUCUUGACGAUGUAGUGGAUUACCUGGUGGAGCCCGUACUUGGUCGAAAAGAAGCAGAGAAACAACGGGAGUAUAUUCCGCAUCUCCUCAACCAGCGAAAUAUCGAAUUCAGCAAUGACAUCGAUCCCAGUGAGAUCUGGAAGCCCAUCACGUUCAGCCGAUACCUGAUCCGGAGGUACGUAGAGGGAAACACUGGAUCUGGACUGUUUGAACAUCUCGCCUGCUUGUAUCACGCUGCUGCGAACAUUUUUAAAGAAAACAGGGUUCCACUUCUUCGUGAAGCAGACGAAAUGUUCCAACAAGCACUUCGCCGCGAGGGUGAAGGACAUGGACCAGGUAUGUUUGUCGAAUACGCGCAGUUUCUGUGUUCUUCUGAACGGUACGAAGAAGCCGUACCUCAUCUGAUAAAAGUGGUAUCGAGUGAAAGCGAGAAUCCGACGUGUGCGAACUACUAUGGACAGAUGGAGAUCUACGUCGUGGACGACUUUGUACGGAAGGAAAUUGAAGUCAGGGGUUACGUCGAAGUUCUGUCUAUCGUGUACGCCUACUACCUUCUCAUUGACAGCUUUGUUCAGUUGAAGAAGCAGAAAGGCAUGGCUGGUUUAGUCAGUGAAUUCGAGCAACUGUGUGAGCGAUUGAACGAUUCCAUGACGUUUUCUAUGUUUGGGUAUGCUAUGAAGAAAGCUGGAGAUAACAGUCGCGCGGGAAAGGCCUUUAAAAAGGCGGUCGAUCUGGAACCGUCAAACAAACUUGCUAAAGUUCAAAUAUCAGGAAAACCAGCAGCAAGUGGAAGUGACGUCAAUAAGACAACUGGAAACGGUGUUAGAUUAGUUAAAGCAAAUGGAAACGGUGGAAGCAAAUCUGACAGCGGAAGCGAAAGUAGUUCGAAAAAGAGUUCUGCAAGUGAAAAGGGUAAAUCUAAACCUGGCCUAGUGAGGAAAGGAAGUCGCAAAGGCAAACAAUAA